CUAGGAGAGAUCGAGGUAGAAGAAGGAUGAGCAAAACAGCGCUUUCACCAGCAAACCAUUGGCAACAACCCACAACGCAAUCACACAGUAGACACAGUGACAGGUUCAUCCCUACGAACCCAAUUCAAUUCCUUCCAUUCCACAAGGGAAGGCACAAGCAGAAUCACAAGCUUCCAAUUCUGUGUUUCUCAGCAAACCCAUCAUCACAACCACCGUUGGUGGUGGUUGGAUCCGCCAAUGCAGACAUCUACGUGGAGAUCGAGCGGUUGCCGAUGGAGGGUGAGACGGUGAUAGCCAAGACCGGCCAGACCCUCGCCGGUGGGAAGGGUGCCAACCAGGCUGUGUGUGGUGCCAAGCUUUCAUACCCAACCUACUUUGUGGGUCAAGUUGGGGAUGAUGCUAAUGGGAAGCUCAUAGUAGAUGCUCUUAAGAAUGGUGGGGUUUGUGUUGAUAGUGUCAAUGUUGUUGGGUCUGUUCCAUCUGGGCAUGCUGUGGUGAUGCUUCAGUCUGAUGGGCAGAACUCCAUCAUCGUUGUUGGAGGUACCAACAUGAGUUCUUGGCCUCACACUCUUCCUCAUGAGAAUUUGGAGCUUGUGAGCUCUGCUGGGAUCGUUUUGUUACAGAGGGAGAUACCUGACUCUGUCAAUGUUCAAGUAGCAAAGGCUGCAAAGAGUGCUGGUGUCCCAGUAAUAUUGGACGCCGGGGGCAUGGAUGCACCAAUUCCGCAAGAAUUACUGAAUUUUGUUGAUAUUCUGAGCCCUAAUGAAACUGAACUUGGUCGCCUUACAGGAAUGCCAACUGAAAGUUUUGAAGAAAUUACACAGGCUGCUAUAAAAUGCCAUAAAUUGGGAGUUAAGCAAGUUCUUGUGAAACUUGGGGCAAAAGGAUCUGCCCUUUUCGUAGAAGGAGAAGAACCAAUUCAGCAACCUGCCAUAUUUGCUAAAACAGUCAUUGAUUCAACUGGAGCUGGUGAUACUUUUACUGCUGCUUUUGCUGUGGCCUUAGUUGAGGGCAAGUCCAAAAAUGAAUGCCUCCGAUUUUCUGCUGCUGCAGCUUCUCUUUGUGUUCAAGUGAAGGGAGCCAUUCCCAGCAUGCCUGAUAGGAAAUCUGUUCAGGAUCUUCUUAAUUACUGUUGAGAAUACUUCAUAAGGUCAGGAACAGAGUAACUGUGUAUGGCGGAGGGAAUGACCCUUGAAAAUGGCAACAAGGAAAGCAAAACUUUUGUGAAGGAGCAUUUCUGCAAGAUGGACUCUUCAGCAUAAUAAUAUUUUGUCAAUGUAAUAAGAUUAGGCUAGACACUUGGGCUAAAUAACAAUUGUCAUAGGCUCAUAGCACUGAAUCGCCUAAUCCUAGCUGAUAGCAUACUAGCAUUGGGGUUUCUAUGCCCGGAGCAGUAACUCUUUUACUUUAGUUGUGUUUCUUUUGGGCCAUGGACCUCGUUUUGUACCCACACAAAAAAUUAUCAUAGUAGAAAUUACAGAAAAAGGUUGGUUUGUGGGGUUUAAAAUUGAUAUGCAUGCAACUAUGUUAAAGAGGAAACUCUUUUUGUAUCCUUUAUUUUCAUGA